AUGAGCCUCAAGUCGGAUAUCAUCAGUGCCAUGGCCAUCACGUGGGUAUCGGCCUUGCUGGCGCUGAUUGCACGUGUCUUUGCGAGGCGCAUGACAAAGGUUCCCUGGUGGUAUGAUGACUACUUGUGUGUCGGUGCCUUUGUUGUUGGCAUUGGUUACAAUGUUGUGAUGAUAUACUGGGCCUUGACAUGGUACCUUGGCACAACUAUUCCCGACUCCGUCAGCGAUGAACGAUACGAAGAGAUCAACCUUCACGCACGACUGAUGCAGUUCCUCAUCUCCCUCACAUACUCAUACUCGAUUGGUCUUUCGAAACUCUCUAUCCUUCUCUUCUACUGGCGCAUCUUCAAGCAAUCAGCUAUCCGAAUCCCGAUCCAGGUUAUGCUUGGCAUCAGCGGCGCUUGGCUCAUCCUCCGUACAUUCAUGGUCAUCUUUCAUUGCAUACCGGUUCAGGCCUAUUGGGACAAGUCAAUCGAGAACGCCGUCUGCAAGAUCAACGACUCACAAUUCUUCUUCGCUACAUGCCUUACUCACUUUAUUCUUGAUGUGGUCAUCUUGGCGCUGCCAGUCAUUGAAGUGUUCAAGUUGCGACUUCGUCUGGGACAAAAGAUUGCUAUCACUGCCCUGUUUGCCCUCGGUUUCAUUGUUUGUCUUGCAUCCGUCUUUGUCAUCGUCACUGCCCUGCAAUAUGAUCCCGCAUCAAGACAAAUGCCCCGCGACGUCGCCACGAACGACAUGUGGGGAGGCGUCGAGAUCAAUGUCGCCAUCGUCUCUGGAUGCUUCCCUCUCCUCCGUCCAAUCUUUACCAAGAUCCUUCCCAAGAGAUUCCUCAGCUCUGCUGGAAGCAGUCAUCCCAUCAGCCGCACCACUCACGGUAUUCGUCUCACUACCAUCAACCGUACCAACAAGGACAAAGAAGAAGACGAAACAAGCUCAACUCAUCAGCUGGCUGACCCUGAACAAGGAAUGCCUGGAGAGUUUGAGAUGAUUGAUGGAAAGGGGGGACCUCGGACUUUCAUCUCAAGUCGAACUACCGAGUCGCUCCAUUCACGGGAGCAGGAUAUGGCUGGGAUUUAUGUGCGGAAUGACGUUGUUCAAGAGGUUGAGGAGUCCAAUUAUACAUACGCGAUGAAGAGAUAA